UCGCAAUAUUCAUUACAACCUGAGCUGCCUGGAUGGAGCAAGUCGGCAUCCGACUUCGAAACACCUACGAUUGGGAUUGAACCUAACCCUAAAUCACGAGCGCACUCGACCUUAAUUCCCAGAAAUAUGGAAACAGAACGAAAGAAAAUUCUCGCCGCCUGUUCAGCUGGAGAAAUAACCACUCUCGAAGCUAUGUUUCAACAGUUCAAUAUAGGCCCCGAUCAUCCUGCAGACGUUUACUGCCUUGAUAGAAACACGCCCAUGGAACAACAACUUCCUGAUGUUUCACGCAUGCUCAAAACAGCUAUCGAAAGCCAGCAAGUUGAAACCCUUCGAUUUCUAGGCACGAAGUUUCCAAAGCCAUCUUUCUUUGGCACUCCGAUGAAGGCAGCUCUGGAAAGUGGCAACACGGAGCUAUUGAAGGCAGUCUGCGAACUCGAGCCAGAGAUCGCGAACAUGGAAAUGGGCGACGAAUCCAACAUCAACGCGUUAGCCUUCGCAUGCUCCCAGCGAAGCGCUGCCAACUUGAUUGAGGUGCUGCUUCAAUGUGGUGCCGAUCCCGACGCUCAACCCCCGAUGCGACUUCCAGCCCGCAGGAAUGUUUCCAGUGCAGUCAUCAAUGGAUUACCUGUAUCAACGAUCGAAAGAUUCUUCGACUUUGGAUAUCAGGGUACUGAUCCCUUUGCAAUCUCCUACGCGGUAGAGCAUGAACGUUUAGACGUGGUAGAAGUUCUAUUUAGAAGGACCAAAGCAUUGCCAAACGCACAAUUGCCACCCGAAAACGACAUGUUACAAAAGGCGACGGAUUGUAAGAAUGAAGAGAUGAUUGUAGCGAUUAAAGAUGGUUACGCAUCUCGCAAAAAACAAAAGAAGGGACUGAUCUUGUCUCUUGCUAGCAAAGUCUGGGCGUGGAAGUAGAAGUUUAGGAGAAACCUUUGGAGAGGAUAAUAAUUUGUGGGUUUGCUCGGUGCCUGUAUUUAUCAUCUGGGAUUGGUCACUCUGAUAUAACGUAAAUCUCCUCUCUUAACUGAAAUGUGGGGUUUCAUCGCAUUAUGGGUGCAUCCGCCUGUUUCCGAGUAUCUCGGAACACAAAGCUCUGAAGUGACUUCGUGAGUUUAAUCCAGAUCAAGUAGAGGCAGGUUUCAAGGUUCAUGGACUACCACCAAAUGAUACAGUGGUAUUGGAAUUUAUUAGCGGAUCUUCUGCGAUCGUGCGUCCGGAUUACUCGAUAAGGGGAAGUACUUUAUUCUCAUGGAGGCGUAGCAAGGUACGUGUAAGC